AAUUAGCUUACGGCACGUAUUUCGAUCUACGAAUCGUAAUUAGUGAUUUUGGAAGGUAUAUCGAUUUGGAACGAAUUCUGAUGAUGGUACUGGUGUCGAGAUACGCGCCGUCAAACUUGCGGUCAAAAUACACCGUUGUUCCACUUGUGUGUAUUGUUUUUAAAGAAUACGCUGUUUCAUGCAUUGACGCACAAAAGUAACCGGAACGCAAAUGCAUUUUUCGUCGAACACAUUGAAAAUUAAUGCCUCGAAACUGCUGCAGUCCUGCGAAUUCGUUCCAGGUUCACGAUAAGCAUCGGGAACUCACUGGCCACAAGUCGUAAAUUGGAAUAUAUGCGCCGUAAAGUAAAUAAUCAAAACGCUAAUUUGUGUAAUUAUGUUAAUCAUUCAUUAAGCAUUUACAUUUCUCGUAGAAGUUAAUGGUCGCCUCAUCAAGUAAUUAGCUGAAGGGUUAUAAUAGGGCUGUCUGCCACAGGCAAUUUCUUAAAAUUUGGUGAAGACAAAAAAAGAAAAAAAAAAACCUCGUACAAUUUGUCAUACCAGGUAAAGAUUCCUGGUAUAGAUUUGUUAUACGAGUUCUGUCCCGUGUGAGUUACUGGUCAAGACAGCCGCAGCCACGGUGAGCGAAUUUCGGGGGUUCGCCUAGAAGUUUUCGGUUUAAAAACAGCACAAGGUGUGUACCGUAUCGAUUCGAAGAUAGGCCUGCUUAUUAUAUCUUUUCUUGAAAAUGUUACCCGAGAAACGCGCUAUAGACUUACAUUCGGGACCAAUUAAUUUCGCUCGUCCUAUACUCGUGAACAAACAUGUAGCGAACGGAAUUCCUUCGUUGCGCCUUCCGUAAAGACAGUCUGGAGAUUAUUGCAGAUUGGCUUAAUUACGAAACGCUGCUUAUUCAAUGUACUCGACAGCACCGAUGAGGACUCCUCUGGUAGUUCCGACGAGGAUGCAGCUUGUGGCAUCGAGUAAGCAAAGCUUGGUUGCCGAGCUCACAGUAAACAAGUGUGUGUCACGUUGAACCUUCUUCUUUUUUUUUGUUUUUCUAAGGAAAGAUACGAGUCGGCCCAUAUUGGAAUCCUUUUUUUUAAUAAAUUUCUCGGUGAGUUCAAUAUAUAAGGGUCGGCCAACACUCAUGGUCGAACUAUAUUACCGAGUAAAUACGAUAUGUCAAUUUUACACACAUCUUUCCUGUGUUUUCUUUCUUUUAUUUUUUUUUUCGCUUUGUGUUUCUCACUUUUUCGGUAGUUUCACUGAAAUUUUUUGUUGAUGGCUUUUUUUCUGUCACUUUCACGAAAAAAAAAGUAUGUUACGUAGUGUUGCGGAAACGACGGAGCCGCGGACGUCAGUGAAGUUGGAAAUGGAUUCCUUAUUAAAACUUGGAUAUAGGCUCCACCAACGACGGCUCCUGGCUCUUCGUUCCAAAUCGCGCCGGUCUCGAAGAGCAACCGCUCUCGUCCUCUGCAUCGCCGGCGACUCCCCGGCGAUCUCUCUUUUUGGACAGAGACGUGCGCGCUGCGCGAAGAAAGCCAAAGCUAGAGUUAUUGUAUAGGCUCCCUUCCUUCAAGGGAGUCUAUAGAGUAACUCUAGCCAGAGCCACCUAUAUAACAAGGCGCUGGCCUGUCGGUUACGUGUCCCCCUGUAUAGAGCGCCGAGCGGAACUGAUGCUGCGUAUAUGCCCCGUUCCUGCAAGACGGUGUUGCCUUUUGCGCUGCGGAAAACAACUGUGCCGUUUCUCCGCUCGGACACUUGCACGUGUCCACGUUCCUACGUGUGAAAAGCCAGGAAUGCCACAAAACCUUGUGACCCUUCUGACCCUUCUGAGCGCAGUUUCCAGGGGGUGCGACAGAGCCGAAUGCUGGGACGGGGCUGUAACAGGGCGUAUACUCGCACAGGUCUUGGCUGUUAUGGCCGCAGACGCAGAGUCCAUCGUGAGGUCACUGACCGACGAGGCCAGCCAGCCAGGAGGUAUUGGCGACGUGUCCAGAGCCCAACAUCAAGGUUACGAGACACCAAGACUUCAGGACACAGUGGCGGCGCUUCCGUCGGGCUUCGAAUUCGCGGAGGCCGUGACCCACGAUGCGGUGAAAGCGCGGGCUGCCAGUGCCGAAGGAAGGCGCGAUGCUGGCGCAUCGUCACAGACGCUGUACCGGACACACGAGGGCGGCCUGCCCUCUCCGAACCCCAUCGGCGAACGGUAUCACGCCUCGGCUACUGACCUCUACAGUGGCCAAGACAAUUUCGGUGGUUCAGGCGGUUUCGGCUUUCCAGAUGCCAUGAGUUACUACCACGACGGCUCGGGACCCAAGGCGUACAACACGCAACACGCGUACGCCUACGAGAAAGUUUAUCCGGAGCGCACCUACAGCACCAAUCACGCCACGUCUUACGAAAAACACUACGACAACGACAACAACAAAGGCAGGCCGUGGGGCGGAGGCUACGAGUCACGCUACAGUAGCAGUUAUCCCAUCAGAGGCGGCGACGGCGGCGGCUACGGCUUCCGACACGGCGACAGCUACGGUUCGGGAAAAGGGAGCGGUGGGUACGGGUCGGGUUACGCCAUCGGCUACGGACCGAAGGGAGGAGGCCACGGAUCGCGCUACGACUCCCGGCCGGCGGCCGCUUCGCCUUCGCGGAGCCGCGGAGGCGGUGGAGGAGCUGGCCCCAAGAUAAAACGCUACGUAUACAAGAACCCGCAUGACCGGAGCACCACGCGCGUUGUGCAAAUGCACUCGGGCAGCAGACAUCCCAGCUGGGCAGCGUCGAGUGAAAAGCGGCAGAUGUGGAAACCCGGCGGCAUGGAACAGUUCGUGUUAGGACUGAUGCGCGAUGGCUGAUGGGGGCGUCGCCUUCUUUGUUUGUUUCUUUUCAUUUGUCUUGGCAACGCCUUACCACGAUGUUUUUUUUUUUUUCCCAGUGGAAUCCGACGGAUGUAAAUGCAAUCAGCCCAGAGGUGCUGCAGUCGAAUUCGGUUUAUUCGACACCGCUUUUAAUUCGACACUGUUCGACAACACUCGCUAGAGGCAUUCACGCCCUAGCGUGAAUGCUAGGGCGCGCAUUCACACACACGCCCACGCGCACACGCACACACACACGCACACGCACACGCACACACACACACACACACACACACACACACACACACACACACACACACACACACACACACACACACACACACACACACACACAAGCUUCAAUAUACUAGAGCACGUCCCUCAAGAUCUACCUGUUCGUCGGCGGUAUACGUAGGGAAAAUGUGCAGGUAUUAUGAUAAGAGAGUCCCUGCUGUGGAGUUUAUUAUUACUAUUAUUAUUGUUUGAUAACUAUGGAAACAUACGGGGGGGGGGGGGGGGACAAGAAAGCGUGUGGCGAAGACGGCGAAUAAUGAUGUGCACAGCCUUCUGUGCAGACUACGAACGCGCGUAUCCCAGUACACGCGCCUUAGCGGACAGAAGUCUUUGUGGCUCGCACAAUUUGCGCAGCUGUCCCGUUUAAAAUUAAUUCUGUUCUGGGGUUUUACGUGCCGAAACCACGAUGGGAUCCUAAAGCACGUCGUAGUGGGGGACUCUGGAUUAAUUUUGACCACCUGGGGUUCUUUAACGUGCGCCCAAUGCACAGUACACGGACUUUUUUUAUUAUUAUUAUUUUGCCCAAAUCGAAAUGCAGCCGCCGCGACUGGGUUUGAUCCCGUGCCCUCAGGCUUCGUAGCGCUACGCCAAAGCCACUGCGCCGCCAUGGCGGACAUGCCCAGGCGUUUGCGCUUAGCAGCAUAUGCACUGCAGGCAAGAACAGGAUUAUAAAUCUCGCUUUCACAGCGACCGCUGAGAGAGCGUGGCUAAGACAACCCCAUAACAAUUAAGACAUGCAGUUCCAGGAAAUAAACUCAUUGCCACCUUCAAGCGCAUCUUGUAAUCUUACUUUCAGAGAAUACGAACCAGCUUUGCAUGUUCAAUGGAAGCAGACUUAACGGAAGUAGACUGCGCGCCGGCAUGCAACCUUAUUGUACGUGGAGCUCAAUUGGUCAUAAGAGCUCGUAAUUCACGGAUAUCGAGGGCGCGCUUGUGAGUAAACGCUUACGCUGCGCUUCGGCUGGACGACUUAAUAUCCCUCAGAAACUGCACACUUAGGAUCAGGAUCAGGACACUGCUUCUAAUAUAUUUUGGAGAAAUUAUUUCUUUGUGUCACUGACCGUGGUGCACAGACGUAUAGACUUGAAGCUAAACAUUUCGACAGAAUUACCUGUCUGCUAAUAAAAUUCACUUAUUUGGUUGGAGUCAGUCUGAAAGUCCUAGAGACGUAUAGUUAUUGUACACUGUUACGUAUACAUACGCGCUCAUGCAACUUGAACCCGUAAGAGACAAUUAAUUCAACAGGUGCAAGUUGCAAAGAAAGAACUUAACGUUAGUGACUUAUUAUGUCGUAGCUAUAGUUCUGCAUAUAAUCCAACUGCUAAUUUAUUUUUUAUUUAUUUAUUUAGUCAUACUGUUAACCCUCACUUGAGGGUCGUUACAGGGAGGGUUAGUAAUUGAAUUGUACAUAGAACAAACAUUGAAGAUCAUUUGUAGGAGAACAUUUGUAACACAUAGAACAUUAACACAGAAUAUAGAACAGAAUCAGACAUGGGACUGAAAAAUGGUGCAGUAUCUAUUUGGGGUAACAAAGUAAUAAAAAUUUUCUAAGAA